UUCCUUCUGAAGAAGGAGAAAGCGGAGGAAGGAGGGCAAUAAAACAAGAAACGGAGCCGGACAUCGCGCCCCAGCGCAGACCUGCCUCCUCCCGCCCAUGCCGUUCCGCAAAGGUGGACGCGGAGCGCCAAAAGACCUUGGCUUUAAAAAUGCCCAUGGAGCUGACGCAAAGCCGCAUCCAGAAGAUUUGGCUCCCCAAUGACAACCGGCCGGCGCUGCCCCGCCGCUCCUGUGGGCCUCAGCUUGCCAAUUCCCCCACUGUGAUAGUGAUGGUUGGCCUCCCGGCCCGGGGGAAGACCUACAUCUCCAAGAAGCUGACUCGCUACCUCAACUGGAUCGGUGUCCCAACAAAAGUUUUCAAUGUGGGCGAGUAUCGCCGCGAGGCGGUGAAGCAUUACAGCUCCUACGACUUCUUCCGCCCCGACAACGAGGAGGCCAUGAAAGUCCGGAGGCAGUGUGCCCUGGCUGCCCUGAGGGAUGUCAAGCAGUACCUGACAGAGGAGGCUGGCCAGAUCGCGGUUUUUGAUGCCACCAAUACCACACGGGAGAGAAGAGGGAUGAUCCUAAACUUUGCCAAAGAAAAUGGGUUCAAGGUGUUCUUCAUUGAGUCUGUCUGCAAUGAUCCCACGGUGGUUGCCACCAAUGUUAUGGAAGUGAAAUUGUCCAGCCCUGAUUACCGGGACUGUAAUUCGACUGAUGCCAUGGAGGACUUUAUGAAGAGAAUCAAUUGUUACCAGGCCAGCUACCAGCCACUUGACCCUGAUGACUAUGAUCGGGAGCUUUCUCUCAUCAAAGUCAUCGAUGUUGGUCGGCGGUUCCUGGUCAACAGGGUCCAGGAUCACAUCCAGAGCAGGAUCGUUUACUACCUGAUGAACAUCCAUGUCCAGCCCCGCACCAUUUACCUGUGUCGGCACGGCGAAAGCGAGUUCAACCUCAAGGGGAAGAUUGGAGGUGACUCGGGCCUCUCCAACAGGGGCAAGAAGUUUGCGCUGGCACUGAACAAGUUUGUUGAGGAGCAGAACCUAAAGGACCUCAAAGUCUGGACCAGCCAACUAAAGAGAACAAUCCAAACAGCAGAAGCACUCCAGCUGCCCUAUGAGCAGUGGAAGGCACUCAACGAAAUAGAUGCUGGUGUGUGUGAAGAAAUGACCUAUGAAGAAAUCAGGGACCAGCAUCCAGAGGAAUUUGCUUUACGUGAUCAGGAUAAAUAUUACUACCGCUAUCCUUCUGGAGAGUCCUACCAAGAUCUGGUGCAGCGCCUAGAGCCAGUCAUCAUGGAGCUGGAGAGACAAGAGAACGUCCUCGUGAUCUGUCACCAGGCGGUCAUGCGCUGUCUCCUUGCUUACUUCUUGGACAAAAGUGCAGAUGAAAUGCCCUACCUGAAGUGUCCUCUUCACACAGUAUUGAAGCUGACCCCGGUGGCCUAUGGCUGCCGGGUGGAAUCCAUCUCUCUGAACAUCGAAGCUGUUAAUACCCACAGGGAGCGGCCAGAGGAAGCAAAGAAGGGACCUAACCCGCUCAUGAGACGUAAUAGCGUUACCCCUCUAGCAAGCCCAGAGCCCACCAAAAAACCUCGCAUCAACAGCUUUGAGGAGCAUGUGGCUGUUUCUUCCGCCCUGCCAGGCUGUGUUCCUCAGGAAGUGCCCACGCAGCUGCCGGGACAAAACAUGAACAACUCGCAGAAGCCAUCAUGACUCUGUCGGCGCUGUCGCAAGGCCACCAGCGACGCCAGCUCCCAUCCCAUCGUCAUUUCUUGAAGCUUGCUUAUUAAACCGGUCUCCUCCGUUUGCGGCAAGGUCGACCCUCGGCUGUUUCUAUCCACGCCCGUUCAUCUGCAAACUGCUCUGCCAAAGAGGGGAGAGAGGCGGGAGAGUGAAGGAGAGGAGGGAGACAAGUUCCCAGGUUCACCACGUCUCCAGGCUUGCAGCAUUGCUCUCCUCUCCAGCGUCCUGCUAGAGCGUAGCAAGCUGUAAAGUGCUUCUAGCGUGCAGAAGUCUCCAAGUUUAAUUUUUCUCUGUAAGCGGUUUUGAUCUCCUUUUGUAUAGCCGAUUGGUACCCAUCUGUCUCGAGGUGGAGUGUGUAUAUGUGAAUGGUGCGGGGUUAGUGGAGAAACAGGGGGAAGAGGGGUGGGGGGAAUGAAGGGGGAUUUUGUUUUUAUUAUUAUUAUUAUUAAUUACUUGGCAAGGAAGCCCCUAACAUGCCGUGCUGCAGUCCUUGACCCGCACCAGCUACAGCCCGCCACACACCUCAUUGAGGUGUACAAGAACUGCUGGCUUUAACCAAAAAAUAACAGCAAAAAUUAUAUAUAUAAAACCCCAUAUGUCAACUGAUAUACCUUGAAGGGGUUUGCAGAGAAUAUAAAUCUGCUGCUGAAACUGGCAAUGAGCUGCUUGUAGCAUAGAGGGGGAACCACACUGAUGCUGGCUUGGGCAGACCCCUGCCCCGAGGGCUGCCCCGAGUUCAGGUGUUUUGAUUUUUUUUGGCAAGGGGACUGAGUGCCAGUUGAGGUGAUGUGCUGGUAAUUGGCCUUCCCUUUCCUCUGUCUUGAAGGAAAGAUGUAGGGGGUGAGAAUGCCUGCAGUGCUGCAGGAGGUAGGUGGCCGGGCUGAGCUGGACGUGUCUUGCAGGCGAGUAGGUCUCUUGGAUGGAGGUGGCCAGGGGUCUGGCCAGCUCCUAGGAGUCCCAGUGUGUCUGCAAAAAGCCACAAGAAGAGACAUUUUGUCUUUUUUUAUUUAAUCUAUAUACAUGCACACACGUGUGUGUGUAGGUAUAUGUAUAUAUAGAAACCGCUUGGUUUUUGCACUUUAUUUGUGGCAGGAGCUAACUAUUUUAUUUCUUUUAUUAUUAUUUUUUAAGCUGUGCCUCUUAACAGGGGAAGCCUGAAUGCAGGCAACUUUUUUUUUUCUUUUUUGUGUGCUGGGAAGCUGGACUACACAAAAGCAGUAGUUAUGGCUUCUGAGGUGUGCAUGUGUGCAGGGGAAAAUGGGGCAAGGUCCUGGCUUGGGUUCUUUCAGCCCUUCAAACCACCUUCCUGGUGGCUUGAGAUACAAGAACCCUUCUUGGCAGCCUGGCCUAGGCUGUGAGCCAGCAGUUAAAGGACAGUUUAACCACUAUUGCUUUGUGCAAAAAUCUGUGGUUCCUUGCCCUGUCCUAUGUAUUGCAUUUUCUUCAUCCCUGUCUUGUGCUUUUUCCCUGCACGAGUGAGCUGGAGGCAGGAGGUGAAAGUGGUCAAGUCCUCCUGCAUCCCCUUUUUUUGGGGGGGACUGGAGAUGGGCAGCCCUUUGGUUUUACCCCUCCUUUGGCUUCCUCCUCUCCCCUGGGUAGGAAACAAUAUCCCUGCAGACAGGAGCAGAGAGUUUUGGGGGAAAGUGAUUUUCUUUUUUAUUUUUUGAUAAUAUUUUUGGUUGUUUCUUUUUGGGGGGGGGGGGGGGGGGGAGGUUGAUCUGUUUGCCCUUUGGGAAAAGGCGAACCGCAGUGCCUAGCACUUCCGUCUCAUGCAGCAAAAACCAUGUUGCAUGGGCUCAACAGCAGGAUGGGUCUGGGACCAUGCUUGGUCCCUAUCCGACCCCAGGAGCCCAUCCUGGCGGUGCCCUGCCUGCGUGCGUGUGUCCAUAUGUGUAUAUUCCUGUACAGAUGAAACAAAAACACUUCCCCCUCUUUUUUUCUUAACUGCAAUAAAGCAGAGUCCUGCAUGCACGUGUGGUUGACGUCUGCCCUUUCGGUUUCCCUGACUUUGAGAGAGACGAGUGCCUGGGGAGGGCGGCUCGCUGGCCCUCGUAGCCAGUUUCCUGGGGAGUUAUCUUUCUCCUCCUGCUACCAAAAGAUAAGCUGGCAAACGCAAACAUGAUGUCUGGCUGCCCCCGAUCAAUCCUGUAAGCGUGUAAUUCUGCAGAUGUUUUGGCAUGUAUUUGUGUGUGUGUACAUACAUAAAUUUAUAUAUUAAAAAUCUGGAAAAAAAACACCCUUAAACUAUUUCUUCCUCUGGAAAUACUAAAAGUCUCAGUCCCCACAAAAAGAUAAAACCUGGUCGUGUUUAUUUUUCUUUUUUUUGGAUGUCUUUUCAUUUCCACACCCCCCCCCCCAUCAAGAGGGAGUAGCAGAGUGGACCUCUCUUGCUUGGGGGUAGGUGGCAGGAUGGUGUCACCCCCAUCCCAUUGAGUUUUGGCUAACAGAGCCAGGACCAGGCAGGGAUGCUGCAGCCAAGAAAGGUGGCCAGAGGGGACUUGUCGAACCACACCAAUAGUUCCCCCCCUUUUUUUUUUGGUUUUGUUUUCCUUUGUGAUACUUGAAUUUAUUUUUUUAUGAUUUUUUUGAUAGCGAAAUGCUUUUUAUUUAUUUAAUGUAUACUGCAGAGCUUGGAGAGAAGGGUAGUUACUUGGGAUUCUUUUUUUUUUGUGUGUGUGUGCUAUGUUAACUGUUCUGUAUAUAUGUCUGGAAUAAUUGCCUGAUACAAAGCUGUGCCAGCUUAAAAACAGGGUAUGCCUUUCAGAAAUUUGUAUAUUUUGCAGUUGCUGGACCAAUAAAAUAUCUUG